GCCCGACGUCGCCGCAACACCCACCCCGCAACCCCCCACCUAGCUUCCAGAUCUCCAGUUACCAUGGCGCUCCCCAAGCGUAUCGUCAAAGAGACCGAGCGUCUCAUGGCCGAGCCGGUCCCCGGCAUCAGCGCUGUCCCGCAUGAGGACAACCUGAGAUACUUCGACGUCACCGUCCACGGUCCCUCGCAGUCGCCCUACGAAGGCGGUGUUUUUAAGCUCGAGCUCUUCCUGCCGGACGACUACCCCAUGACGCCGCCCAAGGUGCGCUUCCUGACCAAAAUCUACCACCCCAACAUCGACAAGCUGGGCCGUAUCUGUCUGGACGUCCUGAAGAGCAACUGGUCGCCUGCCCUGCAAAUCCGCACCAUCCUUCUCUCCAUUCAGGCUCUUCUCGGCGCCCCCAACCCCGACGACCCGCUUGCCAACGACGUCGCGCAGCGCUGGAAGGAGGACCAGAACGCGGCCAUCGCCACGGCACGCGAGUGGACUCAGACGUACGCCAAGCCGGAGGCAUAAUGGCGCGGGGCCGCAAGAUACGGAUUUAAAGAGCUAUGAUUAUCUGGUGGGCUGAGCAAAUGCGAGCCGCGUAACGGACAUACGGACGGACGUUGACGGACGGAUGCGUGGGCGGGUAACGGCCGAAAAUGAUAGACGCUGCCCUUUGCCGGUAGGAUACAUGCGGCGUUUUGCUGGUGCGUGAUGGCCCUACUUACCUGGUCUCUUUUGCCGCGAGGGCGCCCAGAGAGCUAUUACUACUGCUACCGCUUGAUAGACGAUGAUAUUUUUGUUUUGUGAGUAAAGGCAGCAGCCUUUUUCAUUGUCACGCCAUUUUAGCAGAACCUGCCAAGUGAACCUAUGAAGAACUAUGGAGCACUCUUUUUGACGUCAAAUUACAUAUUUGUUACUUCAUACGAGGAGAGCGGA